AUGGACCAUGGGCGAGUCCUCUGCCAAUUCUCGCUUCCACCAGGUUCCGGUGAUAGGCAGCGGUCAAGCCUCCGACGCAAGAGCGAAUCGUCAUAUCACAUAGGACCUGCCACUUCUCUGGUUGACACUACGAUACGGGGAAGUAGGCCGAUCUCAUCCCCGUCAGAAGCGAAGCCACACAACCGCAGUUACGGUUCAAGGCGUCCGGAUAGAGGCAAGGCCAACGAUGGGGGAACGACCAAUGUUGAGUAUCUAGCCCCCGAACGGCGUCACCUCGAGGCCCCGAGACUCAGGCUACCAACACAUGAAGGUAGUAUUCAUGAGCUGCUUGAGGGGAGGGGAGGGCAAUUGCGAAGCCGGGGGAUGCGACCCCUAGAAACACUGUCACGAAAGGUUGAGGGCGAAGCAUCACUGUACUGUAUGGCACAAGAGUCAAGACUCAACUUGCAAAACGUGGCAAACCCCUUGACAAAACUGCAAUUGGGCGCAGAUUUGAGCGGCUAG